AUGUUCAGAGUAUUGAGCAGCAAUCUUCACAUGCCAGCUGAACAGCAACCAAAUAGAUAUUCCAUGGAGAAAAAUCCCUCUUUAUUUUGGAUGGACUCUAGGACAAACUGUGAAACGGGACGGCAAGGUAAAGAGAGCAGUCAAGAACGAGUCAAACGACCCAUGAACGCGUUCAUGCUAUGGUCCCGACAUCAGAGACGCCUGGUAGCUCAGGAGAAUCCUAGAAUGCAGAACUCAGACAUCAGCAAGCAGCUGGGACACCAGUGGAAAAAGCUUACAGAGGCUGAAAAAUGGCCAUUCUUCCAGGAGGCACAGAGACUACAGGCUGUACACAAAGAGAAAUACCCAGACUAUAAGUACAGACCUCGCAGAAAGGUUCAAAUCCUUCAGAAGAGCAGCAGUUUCCUACAGGCACAACCCUCUUGCAGUCUGAGCAGCUGUGUAUGGAUGGGCAAAAGGUUGCAUGCUUGCACAAACAUGUUUGGCACCACUACAACCACACACUCAGCAAUGGAGGAUCUUCUAAUCCAGUCACAGACAACAAACACAGGCAUCUCUUCACUGAUGCACCAGUGCCACAGAAGCUGCAAAAACUGCCAAGACAACCAGGUAAAAUUGACUAGUCAAAGCCAUGGGAAUGGUUCCCCUUUACAAAUAACUUCCAGUCCUGUUUCAUGCUUUAAUAUCCCCACUCUCAGUUGA